AUGAACUCACCAGUUUUCAAGGCGAUGUUUAAAGAGCAGUAUAAAGAGGCCACCGCCAACGAGAUUCCACUGCCUGAGAAGAAAGCAAAUGAAGUAUUAGACCUCUUGAAGCAUGUUUACUCCAAGAAUUUUUUUAAAGAGCCCGUGGAAAUCACUAGUAAGGCAUCGCAUUUUCUUUGUGUUGUACUAAAGAACAAGAAGUGACGUAGUAUGUAGAGUGUUCAGGGCGUGAUUGUUUAGUUCCACUAUUUUUAGGGUCUUUACUAUGAAAUGACAACAUUUCAAUGCACAUCAUCGUCACACAGAUAUAUACUUUAUCCAGUACUAUAAAUUAAGAAGCUCAUUUCACAUCUUCAGCUUUUGUGAACAGAACCUCUAUCCGGUAUAUGUGUGUGAACAUAGCCUAAAUCCCCAAGGAGUCAAUGAACUGUUCAUUUAACAAUUUCUUUCCUUAUCUUUCAUUUUACCCGUAAAAUCUUCCCACCUAUAGUAUCGCUCAGGAGUUCGAUUAAUGAACCCUACACACAACCUACAAUCCCGUACAAGCCUUGGUUGUCCCUGACGAAGGGUUAGAGCUCAACAAGUGAGCUAUUCAAUCUUUCUACGGGGGUUAAUUCUCAAAAUUCAUUUUGAUCAACUCAGUAAACAACAUCAUAUUUUCGCCUUGAAGAAGCGUUAGAAAACAAAUAACAUUUCACUACGCCACCACUGGUUUCCCGACGAAACCCGCCAGCCCCAUUCAAGUGUUUCUAUAAAACUGUUAUAAAUAAUAAAAUGUGUGGUUAUUAAAUUUUAUAAAAUAACUGAGAUAGUCCGCGUGAUCUGAUUGGUCAAAAACCUAUGGUUUAUUAUACCGGUAAACCCAUAGAAAAAGGCAUCUGGACCACGAGCCAUAAACAAAACCGGCUAUUGAUCUGCAAACAAUGAUUUUAGAAAGGCUAAAAAACAGAACAAGUUAUAUUUUUUACCCAGCCCUUCUUAAUGUCAAAAGCAUUGGUUUCCACAUUUUAUUACUGCCAUAGCUUUAGAACUAAUAAAGCACAAAGCUGGAAAGCAGUUUACAUUUCACGACGAUGCCAAAUCGCAGAGAAAGACAACAACUGUGUGAAUUUCUGUUGUAGAACCUCUCCAGCAAAACUUAACCAUGUGCCAACAAGCAACAAAACGGAUAGUUUUAGCAUUCUUGAUAUAUUUUAUGUCAAAAUUAAAUUCCUUAAUGAAAGAAAUUGUUCCAAAAAGAGAUCUCUGAUCACGAUAUGGUACAAAAUCGGCCGCUGUAGGUUGUAAACAAAACUGCCAACGAUGAUGAAAGAUGUCAGAGUUUCGGGCUGGUUUUUUCCAACAUUUGCACAAAUUAUUCGGUGAUAUCGAUGCCAUAACCUACCUCAAACCACCUGACUUUACAAAUCGACAAAUAUUAACGCCAAUAUGUGGCUACGGCAAAGAAACCUUUCUCCGCCACUGACAUAUUUCCAUCGGUCGCUGUACGUGCAGUUACAUACGACAACUUCGCAAAAGCAGCCACGUCGUUACCGCAGCAUUUCUUGAUCAUAACAAAGUCCAGAAAACAGAUCUUAAACCCCUGCGGCUUGUAAAAUGUGAAUGAAGUCCUCCAUUACAAUAGCUGCCAGUUCCGUCUGUAGGCACGAAAUUCUUACGGAUCGACUCAACAAAAUACAGCUGCGUCGAGUGUGAUGUUCAAUUAAUUUCUACUUCUGUAGUAAACAAACCAUGAACGUAUUCUUUCAUUGUACGUUCGCAUGAAUAAAGGUUGACUUUUCCUGUAAAACAGCUUUCGUAACUUAUCAUGAAAUGAGUGCAAAAACUCGUGUUUUGAAGUGCUGCUGUUUGUUGUUUGACUGAACUGAGUUUUAGAAAGUUCAGCGCCAUUAAAUCGUGAGUCAUGAUUGGCUUAUGAUGACUUUAGAGAGAAGACGUGACUUGAUCACGAUACUAAAACCAUAUUUUUUACCUAAAAGACUCCAUUCUACUAAAAGUUAUUUUAUAAAAGCAAUAGACCACAGUUUCUAUGGGUUUACCGGCGUGAUAACCCACUUGGGAUGUUGGACGAACACUCGAAAAGCUUGUAAAUCACUCGCCUUCGGCUCGUGAUUUACAAGCUUUUCUCGUGUAGUUUCGAUAUCGCAUACCUGAUUUCAAAGCAAUGUAUGAUCCAAGAAAUAGGUUUUGAUCCGAUUAGUGCCCGCCCAUUUCCUCGUCGCGAUCGGUAUCUUGUGAUAAAGUUAGAACAAUGUUAUAAAGGAGCCGUCAUAAAUGACCAUGAAACAACAUGCAUGGCGGGCAACAAAAAUCUCUUCAACUAAAGAGCGCGCUAUUAAAACUUCUGAAUACAACGGAACUCAAGAGGUAAUUAAAAGCUCACUUUUUUUAAGAAACGCUUGCGCAGAUUUCCUUGUAAUAGUUGUAGUACAAUACAAAAGGUCUAACAUAACGUUUAUGCUCAUUUGUAGUCGGAAACGUGGAACAUCUUCUCAAGCUAAGCGAUGAAUACCAAGUGACACACGUCUUCGACGCUUGCAUCAGGUUUGUUGAAAGUGAACCAAUAAAAAAGGAAAAUGUGAUGAAACUACGUAGAAUCUCAGACUUGCAUAAUCUGGAAACGGUAGCGAAAGACUGCAACGAUUUUAUUACGAACAUGAAAAUAAAGAACCUGUAUGAAGUUGUUAACCCUGAAGACCUUGACCAAGGAACCCUGCGACAAUUCCUGGAGCAAAGGAUUAACCGGCUGGAAACUUUUUUUGAUGAGGUGUAUCCUGAAUUUAUGGGAAUGGUUGAGUGCUUGUUUUGGCUAAUGCAUAAGUCCGGGCUGGAUGUGAGAUGGUGCUCAAAACAUGUUACUGACGGAAAAUUAGUAAAUGAGCUUAAAAUCGAUAGUGAAGAGAUAAGGGAGUGUGCACACUGCCAAAAUAUGCUAUAUUCAGUGUGGAGAGCAACUAGCUCAGGCAGGGGGAGGGGGCAAAUGUAUUGGAACUACCAUUAUGGA